CAGAUUUUUUUCUAAUCAGUGUGAAAUUUGAUCUGGAUAAGGAGAGUUGAAUGAAGUAUUGCGAAGUGAUUGUUUUAAUAAUUUACCUAAUUACAAUUUCGCUGAAUUUUAUGGUACAGCCAUGGCCAAUUUGAAGCACGUUUAUGGUGGAAUCGAAGGUGGAAGCACGAAAACAAUCUGUCAUUUGGUGAAUGAAAGAGGAGAAUCUUUAGCCGAAAGCAUCGGAGGUAGCUCAAACUUAUGGAAUAUUGGUUUCGAUGAAACUUGCAAAAUGUUGAACUCGUUGGUCAACGAAGCCAAGGAGAAGGCGAAAAUACCAAUAAAUCAACCUUUACGUUCACUGGGUCUCGGCUUGAGUGGAUUGGAAACGAAAGAAAUAAUAGAAAAAUUGGAAUUUGCUUUGAGACAUAAAUAUCCUCUUUUGAGUGAGAAUUAUUACCUCGCCAGCGAUACAAAACCUCCUUUGGCCAUGUUAAAUAAGGAAGAACCGGGCGGAAUUGUACUCAUAUCAGGCACCGGUUCCAAUUGUUUGCUUGUGAAUCCCGAUUCGAGUGAAAUACAAUGUGGUGGAUAUGGCGAACGACUGGCGGAUGAAGGGAGCGCGUAUUGGAUGGCGCAUAAAUGCAUCAAGAUAUGUUUAGACGAACAAUUCAGAUUUAGUAAACCACCUCAUGGAUAUUCAGUUGAGAAAUCGUGGAAAGCGAUUCAGAAUUUUUUCAAUAUUUGUAACACAGCUGAUUUAGUGCCUUUAUUUUACGAAAAUUUCGAUAAAAUGAAAAUCGCUAGUUUUUGCAUCGAAAUUAGCAAAAUGGCUCGCGAAGGUGAUCCUUUCAGUAUGUACUUGAUGGAACUUAGCGGUGCUUAUCUGGCUAAAUAUAUACAAGCAGUUUAUAACCAAGCUGACGAGUGUUUAAAAACACAUUCAGACGGACUCAAGAUCGUCUGCGUGGGAUCAGUGUGGAAAAGUUGGGAUUUAUUGAGGAAAGGAUUCGAAGAACAGUUGGAAAAUGAAACAGAAUUCGCUAUCGUUGAUAGAAUAAGUUUAAUGUUCAUGAAGAAAUCUUGCGCUAUUGGAGCUGCCUGUUUAGGUGCUCGAGUUAUUGGUGUUGAAUUAUGCUCUUCUUUCGACGAUAACUAUUCCAUUUUUUAUCGCUAUAUUAGGUCGAAAAGGGUUUGAUUUUUUUAUCAACGUUUUUUUUCGUGCUGGCAGGCGACAAUAUUGUUUUGAAAUUUUUCUACCAUGAUUUUGAAGAAAUAACUUUUAUAGGUACCUAGAUUAUUUAUCCGUGAGAUUUUGUACGAAAAUUCGUAUUAAAUUCAAUUCCUGUGAUAUAUAGAAAAACUAAAGCAAUUUUUAUGUAACUUAAUUAUCUGUAAGAUCUUAGCGGAAUGACGUUUUUUUGCUUCAUUUUAUCGCAAAAAAAAAAUACUCCCAAGUUCAGGGUUUUUUUUUUUUACGGAAUUAAUGAUUUUUAUUUUUUUUACUCGUGGAUUCUUUUUCUUCUUUAAAAUUGAAAUCUUCCCGUUUAUGUUAAUUGUACCUACUUGUAAUAUUUCAUGUUUUAUGUUGUUUAUAAAUCGAUACAUGUAUUAUUAAUUGAACACCAUAUCGUCUCAUAUGUUUUGAUAAAUUACCUACUACAUACAAUGCGGUGAGUUUUGAUAAUUACGAGUACGUUGGAGGUAUCGCAUAAAAUGUAAAUUAUAACAAAGAAUCAUCGUUUAAAAAAUAUAUUUUUUGGUGCUAACCAUCUAAAAAAUGAAGUGUUUAAGUGUUUAUAAAUUUAUUAAUCGUGAAA